UCAUUUAUCUGCAGGAAUGAUUGCUGCUAUCAGUCUCGCGCUCACCGCCCGGCUGAGGAGCCUUGACUCAAGGCCCUUUCGGCAGAGACUAAGCGGCGAGAAAGUGAGAGCCGGGCCGGCGGGGUUUGCGCGGCGGGCACUGGAGCCCGCCUUACUCGCUGCCCGCAGCCGUCCGGCUUCCCUACGCUUGUCCGGGCGGGAGCCCGGACGCGCCGCGCCACUGCCUGCAGGCUCAGACUUCGCUAGGUGGGUCGACUCCCCCUCCCUCCUCCUCUUCUUCCUCCUCUUCCUCCGCCUCCCGUUCCUCCUCCUCCUCCUCCCGAUUUUCCCUCCUCGGCGGGCGAGGGUGGGGGGGGCGGGGGAGGCCGGGGCUUGCCCCGAGCAGCCACGAUGCUCCUGGACGCCGGCCCCCAGUAUCCUGCGAUCGGUGUGACCACCUUUGGCGCAUCCCGCCACCAUUCGGCGGGCGACGUGGCCGAGCGAGACGUGGGCCUGGGCAUCAACCCGUUCGCCGACGGCAUGGGCGCCUUCAAGCUCAACCCCAGUUCGCAUGAGCUGGCUUCGGCGGGCCAGACCGCCUUCACGUCGCAGGCACCCGGCUAUGCGGCUGCUGCGGCCCUGGGUCAUCACCACCACCCGGGCCACGUCGGCUCCUAUUCCAGCGCAGCGUUCAAUUCUACGCGGGACUUUCUGUUUCGCAACCGGGGUUUUGGAGACGCGGCGGCGGCAGCCAGCGCACAGCACAGCCUCUUCGCUGCUUCAGCCGGCGGCUUUGGGGGCCCACACGGCCAUACGGACGCCGCGGGCCACCUCCUUUUCCCCGGGCUUCACGAGCAGGCGGCGGGCCACGCUUCGCCCAACGUGGUCAACGGGCAGAUGAGGCUCGGCUUCUCUGGAGACAUGUACCCGCGGCCCGAACAGUACGGCCAGGUGACCAGCCCGCGAUCCGAGCACUAUGCCGCACCGCAGCUGCACGGGUACGGGCCCAUGAACGUGAACAUGGCCGCGCAUCACGGCGCCGGCGCCUUCUUCCGCUAUAUGCGCCAACCCAUCAAGCAAGAGCUCAUCUGUAAGUGGAUCGAGCCGGAGCAGCUGGCCAACCCUAAAAAGUCGUGCAACAAAACUUUCAGCACCAUGCAUGAGCUGGUCACGCACGUCACUGUGGAACACGUCGGCGGCCCAGAGCAGAGUAACCACAUCUGCUUCUGGGAGGAGUGUCCACGGGAGGGCAAGCCCUUCAAAGCCAAAUACAAACUGGUCAACCAUAUCCGCGUGCAUACGGGCGAAAAACCCUUCCCCUGCCCUUUCCCUGGCUGCGGCAAGGUCUUCGCGCGCUCAGAAAACCUAAAGAUCCACAAAAGGACGCACACAGGGGAGAAGCCCUUCAAGUGCGAAUUCGAGGGCUGCGAUCGGCGCUUCGCUAACAGCAGCGACCGCAAGAAGCACAUGCACGUGCAUACGAGUGAUAAGCCCUAUCUUUGCAAGAUGUGCGACAAGUCUUACACGCACCCCAGCUCGCUGCGCAAACACAUGAAGGUCCACGAAUCCUCCUCCCAGGGCUCCCAGCCGUCGCCCGCCGCCAGCUCGGGCUACGAGUCCUCCACGCCGCCCACCAUCGUGUCUCCCUCCACAGAGAACCCGACCACCAGCUCCCUGUCGCCCUCCUCCUCCGCGGUCCACCACACAGCCGGCCACAGCGCGCUCUCUUCCAAUUUUAACGAAUGGUACGUUUAAAAUCAGAAACAAAACACCGAACAAAACCCUAUUUAAGAGACUGAACACACACGUAUACACAAUAUUAUUGAACGAACCCUGCGAAUCAAAACAACCCCUCCCAGACCCCGCUAUCCUAUUUUUUUUUUUUUUAAUCUGCCAACAGGCCCAGGACCGAGUCAGAGAGAGGAAGUAUCAAACCUUCUUAAAAUUUCCUUCACUUUCUUUUCCUUUUUUUUUUUUUUUUAAAUUGGCAAAGGCUUGCUAGCCGAGGUGCGGGAGGGGGGUCGAGGAGGAGGCGACCGCCUGACCAAAUGCCGCCAACCCCAAGGGCCAAUUUCUUGUUGGAUCAGAACAGGCUCUCCGGGGCUUCGGCUUUUUUUUUUUUUUUUUCC